UUUGCCCUGAUAACGGCAGUUCCGGUCACAGGACGAGCGCUGGCGGUAGCCUUCCUUAUAACUGUACACAACGACUGAGUCUGGCUUGUUUUAAGGAGUAAUGGGCAACAAAAUUACAAGAAAGAAAGGGAAAUCCAAGGCCAAAUCGAAUCCAACUUCAGAAUGUUCCUCGGCUCAUGACCUGGAGGCUGCUCGCAGAAGUCUGGAACCCAACAUUGGCGACGAGAUAAAAGACUGCACUGCCCUCUUCGACUUUGAAGGCUACCAUGAAUGUGACUUGGCCUUCAAGAAAGGGGAUCACUUCUAUCAUGUUCGCUCCUUGCGGGAUCGGGAGGAUUGGCUGUUGGCGACACAUUCGAAUAAUCGAGACCGAGGCUUCGUACCACGUGACUACGUUUCUGAAGAUUCCGUGCCCAGCUACUACAGAACCAUGGGAAAGCUCGAUCGAGAACAGCUGUUGCUGAGUGACGGAGUAUUGAAUGGAACAUACAUCAUUAAACAGGCGUCAUCUGGGUACGUCCUGGAAGUGCGCCUCACAGAUACAGAAAGUAAAGAGUCCCGGGUAAAGAGGUACAAGAUCCGAGAGGGCAGAGACAAGUGCCUCUUCAUUUCUCCGCAGAAAACGUUCACUUCAGUCACGCAGCUCCUGCAUUAUUAUACAGAGACUGACGGAUCCAUGUGUUGCCGUCUACAAGAAUGUCUUUCACCGCCAAAAGAAACAGUUGGGGCCAGGGACCUUGACAUCAAACCGGCUUCCCUAGUCGUCAUGGACGACAUCGGCAGAGGCACUUAUGGACAAGUGUUCCAAGGUACCAUGAAGGGAACGUUGUCCGUGGCUAUCAAGCUUGUGGAUAUGGAGAUGUUUACCUCUGCUGCACCAGACAACCUAAUGCUGGAAAUCAAGAGAGUUUCAUUACUCCUUUCACAAAACAGUUCCAGAUUUGUACAAAUACUGGGUGUCAACAUGAUCACCACGAACAUGUUCCAGCUAGUCUCAGAGUUAAUGGUUGAAGGCAACCUCAAAGACGUCCUACGUCAAGACCAAGGGCAGACAAUCCACUUCCACCAAUGCGUGAAGAUAGCCAACCAGAUAUGUGAGGGCAUGGCUUUCCUUCAAGAACACAGUGAAACAUUACGCUGCGGACUGAGGUGUACCACCGUUCUUGUCGGGGAAAAUCUGAGGGUCAAAAUUAAUUCUUUUUCACUUGUUAAAGCACCUAUUACGAGAGACAACCAAGCUCUUCGCUGGACCGCCCCUGAAUGCUUGCAGGAGGGAUGCGAGUUCACACCCAAGUCUGACGUUUGGUCAUUCGGGGUUGUCAUGUAUGAGAUCAUCACGUUUGGAGGUCAUCCGUUGAUAGAGGUUGCCCCCAAGGACUUGAUGUCGAUUAUAGCAAGUGGAUACGUGAUACCAAAGCCUGUAAGUGGGAUCCCUUAUGAUGAGGACUUCUGGUACGGCGCCAUGCUGAAAUGUUGGGACAUGGACCCACACAAGCGGCCGUCAUUCGUGUCACUGAAUAACAUGCUGGGCAACUAUAGAUGUCGACUGAGUCGGGUUCCUGACUACAACUGAUGGCAUGGGAUCAGUAAUGUGAAAGAUGACAGCAGCGUACAAGCGACAACAUGCACAGGAGGAUUUAUAGAACAGUGGAACUGAAGCCAUCGACGGGAUAUCGUCUGUAACAACGAUUGUCAGGAUAAUUGAACAUUGUUUAUGUUGUCUAUGUAUAUAUGUUUGUAGACGUCCAUUGCAAUCGUACAGGUAGCGAGUGUCCUGACUAUCGGGGUGUAACAAAAUUUGGACAACAGAAAGCAUACACUUGAAUACUGUCUUUGGCCAAAACACACCAAAGGUAGUCAAAAGUUAGUGGGCUGAAAACAGUGUCCAAGACUUCUUUGAGUGGCAUUUUAGAAGUGGGAAGUACAAUAUAGACAAACGUUAUGGAUUACAUCUUCUUUAUUUCGUGA